GCCAUUAGGCGCUUUCCAUUUUAAACAACGAAAGCUCAAACAGAGCAAGGAAAUUUCACGCACUCAAGAAUCAAAAUUUCAUCUUCAUCUUCACUCACACAAGUUCGAGAUUGUCUCUCUACCUCUCACCCGCACCUUCUCUCCACCAUACAUACAGAUCAAGUGUAUGCGCAGGUCUCUGAGGAAGCAAGCGGCGCUGUAGUACUGUUGUGACUUCGAUCUUAGCUUGAAUUGAAGCUUUCUCGGCGCAGUUCUGGGUUUUUUUGGAUGCUUUGAGUUGAUAAUUUGGUGGGUUUUUUGAGGGAGGUCUUGGUUGUGUGAGUUUCGUAGGUUCUUUAGUGGGUUCACUCUGGGGUGGGUGUGGGCUUUUUUAUGCAGAAUCUAGGGUUUUGCAUUUUGGGAUUUGAUUUGAGAAUGGGAAUUAGAGGGGAAUUGUGCUUGGUUUUGCAUGUGGGUCCUGAUUGAAGUGAAAAGUUUGGUGUUUUAGUUGUUUUUGCUAAUUCGACUUUGGGUAUAGUAUUUGUGUUUGGUUUCUAGGGUUUUCAGUGGAGUGUGUGUAUUAUGUAAAAGAACGAGAAGGAUUUAAGUAAUUAUACUGUUGUUUUGUAGGAGUAGAGUAAGUUGUUGGUUGGGGUUGGGAUUGCAAGAAGGGAAUUGGAAAAAUGUUUUAUUCUCAGUUCAUAUUGGCAAAAAAGGGGCCGCUUGGGACCAUUUGGAUAGCAGCUCAUUUGGAGCGGAAGCUUCGCAAGAAUCAGGUUGCUGAUACUGAUAUUGGAGUCUCCGUAGACUCAAUUCUUUCUCCCGAUGUGCCUAUUGCGCUUCGGUUGUCCAGCCAUCUUCUGGUUGGUGUGGUGAGAAUAUACUCCAGAAAGGUGAACUACCUCUUUGAUGAUUGUAGUGAGGCCUUGCUCAAAAUUAAGCAGGCUUUUCGCUCCGCUGCUGUGGAUCUACCUCCAGAAGAGUCAAAGGCACCAUAUCACUCCAUUACCUUGCCAGAAACGUUUGAUCUAGAUGAUUUUGAGCUGCCAGAUAAUGACAUUUUCCAGGGUAACUUUGUAGAUCAUCAUAUUAGUUCAAGAGAGCAAAUUACCCUUCAGGAUACCGUGGAAGGAGUCAGUUACUCUACGUCAAAGUUUGGCCUGGAUGAGAGAUUUGGCGAUGGUGAUGCCUCCGGUCUGGACCUUGAUGAGGAACUGUUUUUGGACAAGAUUGCCACUGCAGGACAUGCCGGUGAGAGCACAAUUAUUCAUUCUGAUCCUCAGGCCUCUAUCGAAUCAAUGACCCCUCUCAAGCAAGACCAACAUGCUGAAACUAGGACUGGCAACUCAGGAGCCAGGGUUGAUGAUGUUGAUGACCAUGCUGAUCUCAUGGACUAUGCACAGGCUCCAUGUACCCCUGGGCUGGUUGAAGAGCCCAACUUAUCCAAUGUCCAAGAGGUUUCUGCAUGUGAUGAUCCCCUGGAAUCAGAAUAUCAUUUAGUGGAAUCUACCAUGAUAGAAGAUGCUAAAAACAAUAUGUAUGAGGAUAAACAAGAGGUCAAUUGGUGUUCUCAUGAUAAUACAUAUUCUGGUGCAAUUCCUUUGGUGCUAGCUGAGGAAAAUGGGAACCAGGGAGGUGAUUUGGAUGUCAAACUUUCAAAGCCACAACAAAGAUCUUCUAUUGAAGCUAACAAGGAAUGUGCUUCAUUGGAUGAGUCAGGAUCAGGAUCUAAGCUCACGUCCGAUUUAUUAGGUCAAGUUGACCUUGUAAACCCACCUUCGGAAUUGGUUGAUAAAAUUAUCGAGGCAUCAGAUGCGCCGUGCCCGGAAGAUUUACAAAAUGGAGCCGCCAACAAAGAUAAAGACUCUUCUUUCGCUGUUGAGAAACCCUGUGAUGAUGAUCAAGAUCCCUAUGAUAUUUGCUUAGAGAAAAGCUCUUGUGAAAUUUCUGGUUUGACUGGCGCCUGCCACCAAGUUUCUGAAGGUGUCUCAGCAAAAGAUCAAGGAUCACCUGGGGUUGAAGCUCCUGGCUGUGUAGAAGUUGCAACUAAUCAGGAGAAAUCAUGUCCUGAUGUAUCAGAUUUAGCUUCUGAAAACCAAGAUGUAUCUUUGCGGCAGGAGCCUGAAACUCAGACCUGUCAUGAACCAACGGAUUCAAGCUCAUUGAACCUUGAUGUCCGUGAAAAAGUUGUGUCCAGUGAAACUAUGUUUGUGAGACCUUCUAACUCCGACAUUGAACAACCUGAUAUGAUGACCUCUUCAUGUGGCAUGUCGAGGGAUGCUGAUGUACAAUCUGAUGUUGCUGCUUUAGCAACUUCUGAGAGGGAGGAGAUGGUAAUGCUAGGUAAAGCUUCUGGCUUAACUGAUAAAUCAGAAGAAACGCUGAAGGAAAAUCACAUGCUAGAACGCUCAUCACAAGAAAACAUUCAUGGAGCUGCCAGUGAACUCGAUCACAGUCAAGUGCGUAAUGCAAAUUCACGUGAUGUGCUGAUGCAAAAUCAAAACAAUUCUGCAGAGGCUGAGCAGCCUGCUCCUGAAAAGCUGUUGUCAGUACCAGAAGGUGUUGUGGAUCUACAUAGAAACAUGCUAGUAGAAGGUAGCCCUGGAGAAUUGGUGGGGCUUGAUGAAGGUGAUGCUGGGAGCAAAAUUAUUUCAGGCAAGAAGCGUAGUUUUACUGAAAGUACACUGACAGAGCAGAGUCUGAAUUCAGUUGAAUCUUCAAGAUUGGUUCGUUUCAAAAGAACAGUUGAGUCCGUUCCUGAUGAUGAUGAUUUGUUGUCCUCCAUUUUAGUUGGAAGAUCUUCAGUUUUGAAAGUAAAGCCAACACCUCGUAUUUCUGAGGUGACAUCUACGAAACGUACUCGUUCUGCUCCCCGUAGUGGUGCUCCCAAAAGAAAAGUGCUUAUGGAUGAUACAAUGGUUUUGCAUGGCGACAUGAUUCGACAACAGCUGACAACCACCGAAGACAUACGUCGUGUAAGAAAGAAAGCUCCUUGUACACACACUGAAAUUGCAAUGAUUCAGAAACAAAUUUUGGAAGAUGAGAUUUUUCGUGAGCCUAUAUUUACUGGCAUGUCGAUGGAAUUGGCAUCUAUGCACACUCGAAUGCAUGAUUUGAGUGGAAUCACAGUCUCCAAGAAUGAUCCAGAUGGUGCUUCUCUUGAAAUUGUGGCUGAGCCAGAGCCACCUUCCAAAAAUGACAUUUCCCUUGAAACCACUGCUGUACCGAUUGUAACAUCUCAUGAUGUCAAAAAUGAUGAUUCUCUCGCAAGUGCAGCUGAGCCACAUUUAACUUCCCAAAAUGCUGAAAUUGGUGAGGUCCUGGAGACAGAACAUGUUAAAGAUUCCGAAAGGCGUAAUUUGACAGAACAAAGUGAAAUGAGGAUAUCCCCUGAACUUUUGUUAGACACAGAUAAUGAAAUGGCAGAGACUCGUGAGAAUCCUCUGAUGAGUAAUAUUCAGAUGGAGAACCUCGAUGCGAUGAAUAAAGAAAUUAAUAUCAGUGAAGAGCCUAAUAAACCUACUGCUGUUGCGGAGGCUGAUCUCUCACAGCAGCCUCUGCUGGAUGUAACUGGAGCAGAAACAAGUCGAAGAAAUGAUGAUGAUACAAUAAAUUCUGCUGGUAUUGUUGGAGUCAAGUCAUUGUCCUCCAAUGAAGACAAUUCAUCUUGUGUGGUCCAAACAAGUUUGAUAACUGAGACGAGUGAGACAAACAUUUCUAUCAAUGCUGACACGUCAGCUCUUCUUCUUGAUCAAAAGACGGAUGGGGACUCCAUUAAGUUGGAUUUGGCAGUGGUGGAUGUUGAUAAUGGACAAACCAUUAGUAGAGAUGAACUUACGGAGAAGGAUGGUGGUAUUAAUACUGCAGCUGAGGCUGAGCCGGUACAAAGGGAUGAUGUUGUAUCUGAGGUUCUCCGUGAUGGUGAUGCUUUUGAGCUGCUAUCAAAUGAUAAACAUGGAGAAUGGGAGCAUAAUGAAAUUUAUAGUAUUAUAUCGGGCGAACAAAUUGUGGCUUCUCCAUAUCCAGCACAAGUAGGUUUGCCAGAGGAGGGUUUCACUGACAAUGGUGAAAAUCCAGAACGUCCAGAAGCUUAUCAACGCUAUAUGAUGGAUGCAGAAAGUUCUGGUUUUGAUUUGCAUGAUCUAGAGGAACUAAAUCAUUCAACUGCUGGAAAUGACACAGAGUUCCUAAACGUUGAUGAUGACGAGCUAACUGAAAUGGCCGACGAUCAUAUUCCUGAUGACGCAGAGGCACGAUUCACUGAGAACACUGGGUGGUCUUCACGUACAAGGGCUGUUUCCAAGUACCUUCAGACCUUGUUUGUUAAGGAGGCUGAGCACGGAAGCAAAUCUCUCUCCAUGAACAACCUCUUAAGUGGUAAAUCACGCAAGGAAGCAUCGAGGAUGUUUUUUGAAGCACUGGUUCUCAAAACCAGAGAUUACGUUCACGUAGAGCAACAGAACCCCUUUGACGACAUUACCAUAAAACCUCGAACGAGGCUGAUGAAGUCCGACUUCUAAAUCCAUACAUCCAAUGUUGGGGAACACCUGAAAACUCAUGAAGGGCCGAUGUUUUUUUGCUAGAACGCCAACCGGGCCGUCUUAACCUGGGUUCAUUCUUUAUCAUAGGCGACUGAAUCAGGUAGUUUUUACUGGUAACUUGUGAACUAAGUAGAUCCGACGACAUCAUGGUACACAUUUGUAGCAUAAUACACAUGUUUGUAAUUCUAUGUAUAUAGUAUGUAAAAGUUAAAGUUUGAUUUAUCAGAUGGAAAUUCUAUGUAGUUCCCACUUUUUUUCUGGUUUAAUUUUUAUCAUAUUCGUUC